CCUGCCAGUCAUGUCAUCCCUACCUCCAGGUCCUGGCUUCAAUUUAUUACCAUAGAACCAAAAAAGCGGCGGCUGUAUCACUCGAAGGACUCUUCCUUUCUAUUACACCGCAUUUUGCAUUUUGCUCAUUUCUAUACCUCUGCCUCUAUUUCCGUCUCGGUACCUGCAACGUUCGGCGAUUGUUUCGCCUUUCGCGAGUCUAGUGCUACUAAAUGUGUAGCUUCGAUCUCUACUCUCGGUCCUCAAAGCCCUAGGUCAGACCAAGACUUUCGAGCCGGGCGUUUCUUCCAAGUUGCGGCACCAAAAAGACCAGAGCGGCAAGCCAGCUUUGCAAGCUCACGAUCAGCAUGUCCCGUAAACCCGUGACGGGCGGCUCGACCGUCGUCAGGCUGCCAACCGGUCCGAACGCCGCCCAGAUUCCCUCCGACAUAUGUCCUGUGUGCAAGCGCGUGCGUUAUCUCAAUACGGACAUGGAGUUCCUGAUCAACCCGGAAUGCUACCACCCUAUGUGCAGCAACUGCGUGACCAACAUUUUCAAAUCAGGCCCGGCACAAUGUCCCUAUGCGACCUGCACAAAGACUCUGCGGCAUCGGGGAUUCCGGUCCGCCUUCUUCGGCGAUUUGGCCGUAGAGCGUGAAGUCGAUAUCCGUAGGCGCGUUGCCGCCGCCUACAACAUGGUAGAGGAUGACUUCGAGACUCUGCGGGAUUAUAAUAAUUACCUCCAAGAUGUCGAGGACUUGACAUUCGACUUGAUUUCCGGGGGUGAUGAUGAGCGCCGCGCCGCUGAACAGAAGCUGCUACAUCGCGAACAAGAAUUCCGUGAGGAGAUUGAGCGUAACAAGCGCCGCGGGAACGAAGCAGAACUGUCCCGCCAGAAACGUGAAGCGGCCGAGGCCGAGGCGGCGCGUCAGCGACGCUUGGAAGAGCAACGCGAAGAAGCCCGUGCGCGGGCUGAGGAAGCGACCAUCAAUGCUGAGGUCAUGGAGGCGCUGGCACGAGGCGAGCCCGGGUCAGCCGCCGAGAUCCAAGCACGUAUUGUCGCCCAAAAGAGGGCACGCGUCGCUGCGAUUGCCGGGACACACUUCCCAAGUCUGCUUGAUUCUGGCGCUAGUAACACGCUGUCAAUUCGCGGCUUAAAGACUAAGAAGAUUUCGGACGAGGAAGAAGAUCUUAGCAAGCCAUAUGACCCUUUCGCAGGACUUGGACCCGCGCUCGAGCCCACGCGCUACGAAUUGCGCGAUACGUAUCCUAACCAGUGGCUCGACGAUGCUCGCACAAGGGCCGACCAUCGCGUCACUGGGUACAGCAUCUCCGAAUACGUUGCACGCGCAAUGUUCGAUGCCUUUGCUGGUCUUGGCGUCAACAUCGCUGAUGAGAAGAAGGAUGUCGCCCGUGGUCCGGGGACAGUCAUGGCAGCAGAGGCGGGUGCUACAAAUCGCGUUUCGGGACGUAUGGAUGUCGAUGAUGUAUUUUCAUGAUGAAUUCUGGUAUUCGGUUUAAUGGCGGCGAUACAGAAUUAGAACUUCCAUUGAAACACAGUUGCGAAAGGCCAGAGCUGUGAAUAAGGAACUUCAGAAGUUUCAGCAAGCAAGCUGCUACUUCACACUUGGUCCAGAGAGACAAGCAUACAGCGAAGAACAGCAACUUUGAAGAGAGAGAAGCUUAGCUUCCUCGAGGUCGAUCGCGACAUGCGACCAUCAUAUUCCGUCUCAUCUGCAUAGCGGCGGCGUUUUGUUUUCGGCACACAUCAACACUCCAGCAUUAGAAACAACCCAAAAUAGGUUGCGUAAAAGCAUGGGACGGAUGCCUAGGGUACCGGGGUUGGAGGGAAAGGAAAUAAUGGCUACGACGACAACAGCAUAUCAAGUCCAACUCGACAAUAUAGAACCGGGCUAGGUGGGAUUGUGCAGGGUUAUGUUGUCGAAGGUAGACACGGGUACAAUACUCGGAAAGAUUUUCUCCCAGAGAGUUGUGAGCAAGGCAAUGGAAAGUGCAUCAGCGAUG